GAUGUAGAUUCCUUCUUGUCACUAGAAGUGAGGGACAAUCUAAUGGAGAGUGCCCAGGACCAGAUCAUAUAAGGCCUGGGAGUUACUGGGAGCCGAGAAUGUAUAGUGCUUGUGUUCGUUUGCCACGGGCAAGUAGGGGCAGUGGUGAGGUGGGCGUCUAGGUUGUGAUCAGGAGGGGGCUGUAGUCCAUGGGAUGGAUAGUUCCAACUACUCGUGACGUGGUGCUACAGGGCCCCGGUGGCUUGAGUCACGGGCAUUAGGUAGGUGCUUGGAAUCGGGUAUCAGAUACAGCCCUCGAAGCUACGCGCUCUCGCUCUGCGCAAGCGCAGCACCCGUGAGCCAAGACGCCUCGAUUGGGGGCGGGGCUUGGGGGCCCCGUUCUGCGCAUGCGCUUAAGGGGCGUGGCGUUCGCACCUGCGCGAGUUGGGGGAAGGAGGCGGGGCGAGGUGACGCAGGCGUAAUAAUAGAGAAGGUGCCAGAAAGAUCCAAAACAAGUGGCUGCAGCCGUCGCCCAGGAGUCACUGGACGCCAGACUCUGGUGAGGAUUCAGAGAGGCCUAAUGGUGAUUGGUGGCGGGCCGGGUUCUGAGCUUGUUCCGCCUCCCUCCCCCGGGAAUGGCGCUAUCCGGGUCGACCCCGGCCCCGUGCUGGGAGGAGGAUGAGUGCCUGGACUACUACGGGAUGCUGUCGCUUCACCGUAUGUUCGAGGUGGUGGGCGGGCAACUGACCGAGUGCGAGCUGGAGCUCCUGGCUUUUCUGCUGGACGAGGCCCCUGGCGCCGCCGGCGGGUUAGCCCGGGCCCGCAGCGGCCUAGAGCUCCUGCUAGAGCUGGAGCGCCGCGGGCAGUGCGACGAGAGCAAUCUGCGGCUGCUGGGGCAACUCCUGCGCGUGCUGGCCCGCCACGACCUGCUGCCGCACCUGGCGCGCAAGCGGCGCCGGCCAGUGUCUCCAGAACGCUAUAGCUAUGGCACCUCCAGCUCUUCAAAGAGGACAGAGGGUAGCUGCCGUCGCCGUCGGCAGUCAAGCAGUUCUGCAAAUUCUCAGCAGGGUCAGUGGGAGACAGGCUCCCCCCCAACCAAGCGGCAGCGGCGGAGUCGGGGUCGGCCUAGUGGUGGUGCCAGACGGCGGCGGAGAGGGGCCCCAGCAGCACCCCAGCAGCAGCCGGAGCCUGCCAGACCUUCCUCCGAAGGCAAAGUGACCUGUGACAUCCGGCUUCGGGUUCGAGCUGAGUACUGCGAGCAUGGGCCAGCCUUGGAGCAGGGCGUGGCAUCCCGGCGGCCCCAGGCGCUGGCGCGGCAGCUGGACGUGUUUGGGCAGGCCACCGCGGUGCUGCGCUCAAGGGACCUGGGCUCCGUGGUGUGCGACAUCAAGUUCUCAGAGCUCUCCUAUCUGGACGCCUUCUGGGGUGACUACCUGAGUGGUGCCCUGCUGCAGGCCCUGCGGGGCGUGUUCCUGACUGAGGCCCUGAGAGAGGCUGUAGGCCGGGAGGCUGUCCGCCUGCUGGUCAGUGUGGAUGAAGCUGACUAUGAGGCUGGCCGGCGCCGCCUGUUGCUGAUGGAGGAGGAGGGGGGGCAGCGCCCAACAGAGGCCUCCUGAUCCAGGACUGGCAGGACUGAUCCCACCUCUGAGUCUCCAGGCCACCUUAUCCUGGGAGGACAACCAUCUCUACCCCUAGAGGACUGUCACUCCAGCAUCUUUGAGGACUGUGACAGGACCAGGACAGUAGGCCCUUUGACAGCCCCUCCCACAGGAUGUGGGCUCUGAGGCCUAAACCAUUUCUAGCUGAGUUUCCUUCCCAAACUCCUCCUACCCCCAGGUGUGCUCCCUUAGCCUCUGGAGGCAGGGGCUGGGCCUGGGCCUGUAUCUCCAAAGGGAGGGGGCACAGCCACACACUCACCAAAGGCCCCUGCACAUUUUGUCUCUGAUCUUGGGCUGUCUGCACACUCACAGGUGCACACACACUCAUGCUCACACUGCCCCUUCUGAGAUCUUCCCUGGGCUCCUGCCCUGCUUCCCAGCACACACUUCUUUGGCCUAAGGGCUUCUCUCUCAGGACUUCUAAUUUGACCACACCCUGGGCUUCAGCCACACUAGUGGGUACUGGAGCUGGGGUGCUCCAGUAUGCACUAGUGUACUGUGGCAAGCUCCACCUUGCCCACAUAUCUCCAGCCAGCCAGGGCCCUGCCUAGCUUCUAUAUACAGACCUGACUGUCCUCACCUUUCCCCUGCUGCCCAGAGCUGGACACAGACUUGCACUUGGACUCUCACCCGGAGCGUCACACGGGAGUGUUGUGGCAGACCAAGGCCUACUGUUGCACAUGGGGCCAAGAUAAGAAAACGGCUGCCUUCUUGGGAAGGGAAUGCAAAGGCUUUGGGGGUGAUGGAAAAGACCUUUUACAAAUGGUACCAAUUAAACUGCCCUGGAAGGGGCAUAGGUGGGCAUCAGGAUCUCUAGGACUCUUUAUUUUAAAUUUUUUUUUAAGGGUUGAGGGUCUUGGUAUGUUGCCCAGGCUAGCCUCAAACUCCUGGGCUCAAGUGAUCCUCCCACCUCAACCUCCCAAGUAGCUGGGACUACAGGUGCCCAUCACCACGCCCAGCUUUUGGAUCUGUGGGCUGGUGGAAAGAGUGUUCCUAGCCCAGUGUUAGGGGCUGGAGUAUGGUUAGGAUGCUGGACCAUCUGCCAGUCGAUAACCACAUGAUUAUCCUGCCCUCUGGGCCUCAGUCUCCUCAUCUGGCAAAGGAAGAAAUACAAUACUGCCUCGGAGUCAGAAACUC